GGGGUGCGAGAUCGUGUUGCAAGCGCCCCCUGCCGCCUCUCCGCAGACCAGGAGGCGGCCUCGAUGCAGACCCCGGCCGGGCCGGGACGCCCCUGCAGAUGGGCCGGGGCGGAGCAGCAAGCAGGGCACCGCCCUCGGCCCGCCCGCCGAGGAGGGUUCGCUAGCGGGAGGCUGAGCCUGCGGCGCGCGACCGGGGACCCGUCGCACUCUGCACUCGGCCGCCCGGGCUAAGGGGACAGGACGGGUGCGGGCGCGGGCUCAGCGAGCCGGGAGCUGAGUCAAGGCCAGAGCCCGAGAAGCAAGAGGAGGCAAGAGGACAGUGCACCGAGAUGGCGGCCGCAACGGCCGCGGCGGCGACGGUGGCGGGGGAAGGGAUGGAGCCUCGAGCGCUGCAGUACGAGCAGACCCUGAUGUAUGGCCGGUAUACUCAGGAACUCGGGGCCUUUGCCAAAGAGGAAGCUGCUCGGAUUCGCCUGGGAGGGCCUGAGCCCUGGAAGGGGUCCCCUUCUGCCCGGGCUACCCCAGAGCUCCUAGAAUAUGGACAGAGCCGAUGUGCCAGAUGUCGCAUUUGUUCUGUACGCUGCCACAAGUUCCUAGUGUCCAGGGUCGGUGAAGAUUGGAUCUUCCUGGUCCUGUUGGGGCUCCUCAUGGCAUUGGUCAGUUGGGCCAUGGACUAUGCCAUCGCUGUCUGUCUACAGGCUCAGCAAUGGAUGUCCCGGGGCUUAAACACCAACAUCUUACUCCAGUACCUGGCUUGGGUUACCUACCCUGUCGUCCUCAUCACUUUCUCUGCCGGAUUCACCCAGAUCCUGGCCCCGCAGGCUGUUGGGUCUGGCAUCCCCGAGAUGAAAACCAUCCUUCGGGGAGUGGUGCUGAAAGAGUACCUCACCCUCAAGACCUUUGUAGCUAAGGUCAUCGGGCUGACCUGUGCCCUGGGCAGUGGGAUGCCCCUUGGCAAGGAGGGACCCUUUGUGCACAUUGCCAGCAUGUGUGCUGCCCUUCUCAGCAAGUUCCUCUCCCUCUUUGGGGGUAUCUAUGAGAACGAGUCCCGGAACACAGAGAUGCUAGCUGCCGCAUGCGCAGUAGGAGUGGGCUGCUGCUUUGCCGCACCAAUCGGAGGGGUCCUAUUCAGCAUUGAGGUCACCUCCACCUUCUUCGCUGUUAGGAACUACUGGCGGGGCUUCUUUGCGGCCACCUUCAGUGCCUUCAUCUUUCGGGUCUUGGCAGUGUGGAACCGUGAUGAAGAAACCAUCACAGCUCUCUUCAAAACUCGGUUCCGACUCGACUUCCCCUUUGACCUGCAGGAGCUGCCAGCUUUUGCUGUCAUUGGUAUUGCUAGUGGCUUCGGGGGAGCCCUCUUUGUCUACCUGAACCGGAAGAUUGUCCAGGUGAUGCGGAAGCAAAAAACCAUCAACCGCUUCCUCAUGAAGAAACGGCUGCUCUUCCCCGCACUGGUGACUCUGCUCAUCUCCACUCUGACCUUCCCCCCUGGCUUUGGACAGUUCAUGGCCGGACAGCUCUCACAGAAAGAGACCCUGGUCACACUGUUUGACAACCGGACAUGGGUCCGCCAGGGCCUGGUAGAGGAUCUAGGAGCACCUAGCACUUCACAGGCCUGGAGCCCACCGCGCGCCAACGUCUUCCUGACUCUCGUCAUCUUCAUCCUCAUGAAGUUCUGGAUGUCUGCACUGGCCACCACCAUCCCAGUGCCCUGUGGUGCCUUCAUGCCUGUCUUUGUCAUUGGAGCAGCAUUUGGCCGGCUGGUGGGCGAGAGCAUGGCUGCCUGGUUCCCAGAUGGGAUUCACACGGAUAGCAGUACCUACCGGAUUGUACCUGGAGGCUAUGCCGUGGUCGGGGCAGCUGCACUUGCAGGAGCAGUGACACACACAGUGUCCACAGCAGUGAUUGUCUUCGAGCUCACCGGCCAGAUUGCCCACAUUCUGCCCGUCAUGAUUGCUGUCAUCCUGGCGAAUGCCGUUGCCCAGAGCCUGCAGCCCUCCCUCUAUGACAGUAUCAUCCGCAUCAAGAAGCUGCCCUACCUGCCUGAGCUGGGCUGGGGCCGCCACCAGCAGUACCGGGUACGAGUAGAGGACAUCAUGGUACGGGAUGUACCCCAUGUAGCCCUCAGCUGCACUUUUCGGGACCUGCGACUGGCACUGCACCGAACCAAGGGCCGUAUGUUGGCCCUAGUGGAGUCACCUGAGUCCAUGAUUCUGCUGGGCUCCAUCGAACGCUCACAGGUGGUAGCGCUACUGGGAGCACAGCUGAGUCCAGCGCGCCGGCGGCAGCACAUGCAAAAGCUAAGGAAAGCCCAGAUGUCCCCACCGUCAGAUCAGGAGAGCCCCCCCAGCUCUGAGACGUCCAUCCGCUUCCAGGUGAACACAGAGGACUCAGGCUUCCCUGGAGCCCAUGGGCAGACUCACAAGCCCCUGAAGCCUGCUCUAAAGAGAGGGCCCAGCAACGCCACAAGCCUCCAGGAAGGUACCACGGGCAACAUGGAAUCAGCAGGCAUUGCCCUCAGAAGCCUCUUCUGUGGCAGUCCACCUCUGGAGUCGACGACGUCAGAAAGUGACUCAGACCUGGAAGGCAAGAUGAGUCCCGAGGAGAUCUUAGAGUGGGAAGAGCAGCAGCUAGAUGAGCCAGUCAACUUCAGUGACUGCAAAAUCGACCCCGCCCCCUUCCAGCUAGUGGAGCGGACUUCUUUGCACAAGACCCACACCAUCUUCUCGCUGCUGGGAGUGGACCAUGCUUAUGUCACCAGCAUUGGCAGACUCAUUGGGAUUGUCACCCUAAAGGAGCUCCGGAAGGCCAUUGAAGGCUCUGUCACAGCACAGGGUGUAAAAGUCAGGCCACCCCUUGCCAGUUUCCGGGACAGUGCCACCAGCAGCAGUGACACAGAGACCACCGAGGUGCAUGCACUCUGGGGGCCGAGAUCCCGCCACGGCCUCCCACGAGAGGGUACCCCCUCUGAUAGUGAUGACAAGUGCCAGUGACCCCCAUACUGGACGGCCUGUCUUCCUUCUGCAAGCCAGCAGUGACCAGAAGCUGGAACCUGAGGCCAUCCUCACUGUGGGCUGCCAGCUCCCCCAUUUUCAACACCUCCCAGCCGGAGGACCAGCAAUGCUCUGGCAGGAGGUGGGGUUCUGUGGCCCCUGCCUCGUCUUUUGAGAAAAGGGCAGAACUAAAAUGGGUUUAUACUGGAACCUCCAAUGACAAGAUGUAUAUAGAAAUUUACAAAGAUUUUUAUAUUAAUUUAAUAAAACAAUAAAUAGAAUAAACACCUAAUUAGCCACUCAUGUAUAGAA